CUGGCACACAGUCAGCGCAGCUCUCUCCUGCUGCUGCGGAGGGACGGAGCCGCUCUGCUCAAACCUUCUCCCGGGUUUACUUUCACCUCGUCGAGAUGAGGCUCAUCUUUGUCCUGGUUGCAGCUCUGCUGACAGAAAGUCUGACGCUUCCAGUGGGCAGAGAAGGACAACGAGAAGACGUGGUAUGCUUUUCUGAGGUAAAACGGUGUUUGGUUGAAGUCCUGUCCCAAGCUCUCUCCACACCGGUCUCUCCUUUGGAUCAGCAAUGCAAAGACAUUCUCCAAUCAGGUAUCAAACAUGCUGCACUGGACAAGAAGAGUGCAGAGGGGAUUUUAAACCAAGAAGAAGUCAUCAAAAGUCCCAAUAAAGAGCCAACGCCGAAAGCAGCGGAUGUGAAAGACAUUGAGGCCCUCCUGAAAUCUGUGGAGGAAAAAAGACAAACUGCUGAAGAUGAGCGCAGCCAAGAGUCCUGGAGUCUGGGUGACGAGAAGGAAAAGAAGCAAGGGGAGGAAGAGGGAGAACCACGGGAAAAAAGAAGUGGCUGGAGGCCUGGAAGAGUCCACCAGAGGAAACACAAACGAGGAGGAGAAGGAGAAGAAGAAGACUACGAACGCAGUCAGGAGAGUUGGGGUGGGCUGGAAAAGAGAUCAGAGGAAGAAGAGGAGGAUGAUGUAAGUGAAGAAAGAGAGAAGAGGAGCUGGAGGCCUGGAAGAUACUACCAAAAAAGACAUAAACGAGAUGAGGGAGAGAGGGAAGAGCCAGAGGAAGAACGUAGCCAGGAAUCCUGGGAUGUAGACAAAAGGCAGGGAGAUGAAAAUGAGGAAGAGAGAUACAAGCGCGUUUGGAAGCCGACACAUCGCUAUCAUCACAAGAAAAAGCUCCAGAAACGUAGUGAUGAGCCAUCGGAGGGUGAGGGAUAUGAAGACCGUAGCCAGGAAACAUGGGAUGUUGACAAGAGGGAGUGGAGGAAUGGCAGGCACCAUGCCAGGAGACCCAAACGGGAUGAAGAGCUUCCAGAAGAAGCCAGGGAGGAACCGGAGGAAGAACGUAGUCAGGAAACAUGGGAUAUUGACAAGAGGGAGUGGAGGAAUGGCAGGCACCACGCCAGGAGACCCAAACGGGAUGAAGAGCUUGCAGAGGAACCCAGAGAGGAGCCAGAAGAAGAACGUAGUCAGGAAACAUGGGAUGUUGACAAGAGGGAGUGGAGGAACGGCAGGCACCAUGCCAGGAGACCCAAACGGGAUGAAGAGCUUCCAGAAGAAGCAAGGGAGGAACCGGAUGAAGAACGUAGCCAGGAAUCAUGGGCUAUUGACAAGAGGGAGUGGAGGAAUGGCAGGCACCAUGCCAGGAGACCCAAACGGGAUGAAGAGCUUGCAGAGGAACCCAAAGAGGAGCCAGAGGAAGAACGGAGUCAGGAAACAUGGGAUGUUGACAAGAGGGAGUGGAGGAAUGGCAGGCGCCAUGCCAGGAGACCCAAACGGGAUGAAGAGCUUGCAGAAGAAGCCAGGGAGGAACCAGAUGAAGAACGGAGUCAGGAAACAUGGGAUAUUGACAAGAGGGAGUGGAGGAAUGGCAGGCACCAUGCCAGGAGACCCAAACGGGAUGAAGAGCUUGCAGAAGAAGCCAGGGAGGAACCAGAUGAAGAACGGAGUCAGGAAACAUGGGAUAUUGACAAGAGGGAGUGGAGGAAUGGCAGGCACCAUGCCAGGAGACCCAAACGGGAUGAAGAGCUUGCAGAAGAAGCAAGGGAGGAACCAGAUGAAGAACGGAGUCAGGAAACAUGGGAUAUUGACAAGAGGGAGUGGAGGAAUGGCAGGCACCAUGCCAGGAGACCCAAACGGGAUGAAGAGCUUGCAGAAGAAGCCAGGGAGGAACCGGAUGAAGAACGUAGUCAGGAAACAUGGGACGUUGACAAGAGGGAGUGGAGGAAUGGCAGGCACCAUGCCAGGAGACCCAAACGGGAUGAAGAGCUUGCAGAGGAACCCAGAGAGGAGCCAGAGGAAGAACGUAGUCAGGAAACAUGGGAUAUUGACAAGAGGGAGUGGAGGAACGGCAGGCACCAUGCUAGGAGACCCAAACGGGAUGAAGAGCUUCCAGAAGAAGCCAGGGAGGAACCGGAUGAAGACCGUAGCCAGGAAACAUGGGAUAUUGACAAGAGGGAGUGGAGGAACGGCAGGCGCCAUGCCAGGAGACCCAAACGGGAUGAAGAGCUUCCAGAAGAAGCCAGGGAGGAACCGGAUGAAGAAAGAAGCCAGGAAUACUGGGAUUUUGCUACUGGAAGAGAGAAGAGGGACUGGAGAGCUGGCAGGCACCACCAGAGGAGACACAAACGUGAUGAAGAGCUCGCAGAGGAACCCAGAGAGGAGCCAGAGGAAGAGCGAAGCCAGGAAUACUGGGAUUUCGAUACUGGAAGAGAAAAGAGGGACUGGAGGGCUGGCAGGCACCACCAGAGGAGACACAAACGUGAUGAAGAGCUCGCAGAGGAACCCAGAGAGGAGCCAGAGGAAGAACGGAGUCAAGAAUACUGGAAUUUUGACAAAAGACACGGCAAAGAGGACGGUGAAAUAGAAAAGCGCGUAUGGAAACCAACACACCGAUACCACCAUAAAAAGAAACUUCACAAGCGUAAUGAAGGAUCGUCAGAAGAAGAGGGAGAACAGAGGGGGGAUUCAGAAGAGUACGCAGAAGAGACAAAGGACAGAGAUGAAGCCCUGAGGUAUUUGGCCGAGAAACGCAAUCCCUGGAUUUACAGAGGCUUCUACCACCCGGCUUGGUUUAAAAGGGAUGCAGCUGAACAUGAUCCAGCAUCAAACAAGAUGGAUGAACUGGCCAGAUUGCUGAGCUACAAGAUAAACCAGCUGUCUAACCACUCCACUCAAGAGGAGGCAAAGAGAGGGCUUUCUCCACACCAGGAGAAGGAGCUAGAAAACCUGGCAGCAAUGGACAUGGAGCUGCAGAAGAUUGCAGCCAAGUUGCACGACAAGGUGUAAUCCAGCAUUUUUUAGACAAAUCAGCUGAAACAGUGAAUAUCAGUGAAUUAAACUAACUGAUUGUCUGCCUAAUUAAGUGUCAACAGUGUUAAAAGUGAUGAAGCCUUGCCAUAAACUUCGUUUUUUGUGAUAUUUUGAUGUUAUUGAAACAGCAUGGGAAUGGCUUGGGUGUUUAUAUAGUCAGAGAAAUGUGAAAAUACAAAUAUUAAAAGAAAUAUAUAAUUAAAACAUGAUUGAGAGCUUGUUCUGUUUGCAUUCAAUAAAAGAAGUUACUCUGG